AUGCAAUGUCUCUUCCACGUGAAUCUUGACCACUUUAGUUUCCAACCAGAGAGCUACAUAAUUUUCCACCAGAAGUACCUCAUCAGCAGCCAUUUCUGGCGCAAAGGUGGCCCCAUCUUUGUCUACACAGGCAAUGAAGCUGAUAUUGAAUGGUUUGCUUCCAAUACCGGUUUCAUGAUGGACAUUGCUCCCAAGUUUCAGGCUCUUGUUAUCUUUAUCGAAGUAAAAGCUUUUCUAAAAUCGCCUAAAGCAUCAUCUCUUGUCCUGAAGAAUCUAACUUUAAAGUUAAUGCUGGCAAUCUUGAUAAGAAGCUUGAAGCAGAAUCUAUCGUCUGAGGCAUCUCCUGUCGUAGUAUUUGGUGGCUCUUAUGGUGGAAUGCUUGCAGCGUGGUUCAGGCUAAAGUAUCCGCAUAUAGCAAUCGGCGCAUUAGCAUCCUCUGCUCCGAUUCUUCAGUUUGAUAAGAUUGUUCCGUCUUCAAGCUUUUACGACACCGUGUCUCAGGAUUUCAAGGACUUGAGCGUUAACUGUUUUGAAGUCAUCAAGAGAAGCUGGGGAGAACUGAACUCUUUCCUUACCAUGAAAGAUGGCACACAAGAACUCAGCAAAAAGUUCAGAACUUGCAAGGAUCUUCAAUUUAUCCCUUCAGCCGCACAGUGGCUAGAAUCAGCCUUUGUUGAUCCAGCCAUGGUUAAUUACCCAACUGCAGCAAAUUUCAUGGCUCCACUACCUGCUUAUCCAGUGGAGCAGAUGUCAAAGAUCAUUGACGGUUUCCCACUAAGAUCUAGCAGCAAUCUUGAUCGUGCGUUUGCAGCUGCAAGUUUAUACUACAACUAUUCAGGUUCAGAGAAGUGCUUCGAUAUAGAAAACCAAACUGAUCCGCAUGGACUCAACGGUUGGGGAUGGCAGGCGUGCACAGAGAUGGUGAUGCCAAUGAGCCGUUCGAAUCGAGCAUGUUUCUACCAUUCGAAAACGACAAUGGAGAGCAAGAAUUUUGUAUGCUGGCAUACGGUGUCAAGCCUCGACCACACUGGAUCACCACCGAAUUUGGUGGAAAGAUCAAAUAGCGAUGGUGUUGAAAGAUUUGGUAGUAACAUUAUAUUCUCCAAUGGAUUGCAAGAUCCAUGGAGCCGAGGAGGGGUUCUGAAGAACAUAUCGAGCACCAUCAUUGCGCUUGUGACCAAGAAAGGAGCUCACCAUACGGAUCUCAGGGCUGCUACAAAAGAUGAUCCUGACUGGCUGAAAGAACAGAGGAGGCAAGAAGUUGCCAUUAUAGAGAAAUGGAUCAGUGAGUAUCACAGUGAUUUGAGACAAGAAGAGCAAGACUUAAUCUUUUCACACUACUCGACAUUGUUGUUCUGCACUUCGGACUCUGUUUCGUUCGAUCGAGCAUUUUUAGUUGUAUGCUCUGUAGCGAUGGUUCGUCGUUCUGGAGAUUGCAUGAGAUGUCUGGUGAUUUUCGCGGUUGUAUCUGCUUUAGUUGUGUGUGGACCUGCUCUUUAUUGGAAAUUCAACAAGGGUUUCGUUGGAUCCACACAGAGGAACUCUGUUUGUCCUCCUUGUGUCUGUAAUUGCCCACCUCCUUUGUCUCUCCUCGAGAUUGCUCCUGGACUUGCAAAUCUCUCUAUUACAGAUUGUGGAGGUGAUGAUCCAGAGCUCAAACAGGAGAUGGAGAAGCAAUUUGUGGACCUUCUGACCGAGGAACUGAAGCUGCAAGAAGCAGUUGCAGAUGAGCAUAGCCGUCAUAUGAACGUUACUCUAGCAGAAGCUAAAAGGGUUGCAUCUCAGUACCAAAAGGAAGCUGAGAAGUGCAACGCCGCCACUGAGAUUUGUGAAUCAGCUAGAGAGAGAGCUGAAGCUUUGUUGAUCAAGGAGAGGAAGAUCACUUCUUUGUGGGAGAAGAGAGCUCGGCAAUCAGGUUGGGAAGGUGAGUAA